AUGUUGUGGGUACUUAUGCCCAAAGACCCUUCAAAGGCAUGUGACAUCUGCCAGCCCGCACUUGGGCAGUGUGGUGGAAUAUGGCCAGUACCCUCAUGGGAGGCCCGUGUGCAAGGAAAACAAGAAUGUAUGAAUGAUGAUGGUGUAUGUUGGUUAGUAUUUUUCAAAGAAAUCGGCACCUGUUUAAAGGACGAACUAGGACAGUUGAUUGCACUAGAGCAGCUUCCUACAGCCCCCUUUGAUCAGGAUUUGUAUGAAUCAGUGCUAGAUUCUGAAUUAUGUGCAGAACAGAUGGCGCGUUUGGUGUGGAGAGAGCCACUGACGUUGCUCCAGUUUCUGGACGCCGGAUUUCGAAUACCGUCUGGUCUUUUAGGCGGUAACGCCCAUCAUUUGGGUAAUUACUUCCAAUGUCUCGACAUAUACAAAGAGAUAGAAGGGCGUCCCUCCAUUAGAGGGAAAUAUUCAUACAUAGCGGUCCCUCUCGAGCAGUCCUUUCAAUUGCCCUUCAUUGGUGAAAUUGACGGCCUACAAUUAUUGGAAAACGAAUUGCGUACGAGGAAUCAAAAUCCAGACCAAACGACGAGGCUCUUGGAUGAAAUCGAUAUCGGUAUUAUAUUGGAUUUAGCAGCGAGCGUUUACUUGAAAUUCGGGCUUUGUAUACCUGCUUCGUGUACGGCACAGGAAUGGAUGACGCAUAUAUUUUUCAACAUUACUAUGUUAGGUUUUAAUUUUGAAGAGGAAUUUGUUCGUCUGCCAAACGAUAAGCCUUGGGUGGCUGCGGAUUGGGUGGCAGUCGGUGUUUUUGGUGCAAUUGCUGUUCUAACGAUAAUAAGUACCAGCUACGAUCUACACAGCACAUUUACACUUAAAAAAGAACCCAAGCAAAUAAACCAACUGUAUUCCAGUUUUUCGGUGUACACAAAUGCUAGGCGUCUAACAACAUUCUCAAAAAGUAGCAACGCUCUCGAAUGCUUGGACGGAAUCCGUUCGAUCUCCAUGAUUUGGGUGAUCCUUGGACAUGCUUUCACCACGUUCAACCACUUUGUGAAUCUCUUAUAUAUAUUAGAAUUUUUAACAUCUAGUAGUGCAGCUUGGAUAUCAACAGGAGUAUUUGCCGUAGACACGUUUUUCUUGAUGACUGGUCUUCUUUUAGUUUACACAUCUAUGGGUCGGAUGAAAUCGAUGCAAUUAUUAAAAGGUUUACAUAUGUUCUAUAUACAACGUAUUCUCCGACUGUUUCCCUUACUGGCCGCGAUAAUUAUUCUAGAAGCUUCGUUCUUCCAUAGAAUGACAGAUGGACCUUUCUGGAUGUCUGUUGCAACAAAUACGGAUAGAUGUAGAAAUAACUGGUGGUCUACAUUGUUAUACAUACAAAAUUAUGUUCAUCCUAUAGAAACUUGCAUAGAACACUCAUGGUACCUGGCUAUAGAUAUGCAAUUGCAUAUAAUAUCGCCAUUGGUGUUAUUCUGGGUGCUAAGUGGGAAACGAAAACUGGCAUGGACGGGUCUCUUGGGUGGCCUUCUAAUUAUUUUAACAGCUUCCACUAUUUUCAACUUUAUCAUGGAUAUGCCGCCGACCAACGCUAGUAUCAUUCGUGUUGGUCAAAUGGAUUAUUACAUGACAAACUACUAUAAAAAUACAUUAACACGAGCUUCGCCUUUUUUCUAUGGCAUGAUCUUGGGAUAUGUGCUCCAUCGAUUGAAGGGUCGAAAAGUUAAUAUUCGUUGGUAUGUUGCAGUUCUCUUAUGGAUAAUAUCUUUAGGGAUCUUCACUACGAUAUUUUACUUGUCGUAUGCAGUAUUACAGUUGGAUUGGGAUAAUCAACUGUUUGACAAUUUCUUUAAUUCUUUCUCGAGAACAUUUUGGUCGUUUGCACUGUCGUGGCUGAUUUUCGCCUGCGUGCAUGGAUAUGGAGGUCCAAUAAACUGGUUCCUAUCACUUCCAAUGUGGAAGCUACCAUCUCGGAUUUCUUACGCUAUGUAUCUUUACCACUACUCUUUUAUGUUCAUUUACGCUGGUACGAAGACUACUCCUAUCUUCUUCUCACCAGGACAAGGGCUAUUCAAUACCAUCGCUUUCAUUUCGCUGUCUUUCCUGAUAUCUUUCGCGGUGACCGUCCUUAUUGAUGCACCAUUCUCAACACUUACGAAACUAGCAAUUGGAGGAGGUGUAAAGAAAAGUCCUCCAGCGCCCGUAAUCGAACCUGAACCAAAAAAGGACCCAGAAUGUCAACCUGAAUCAACUAAUGGGACUAAGGCUGAAGAGAAAUCAAAUUUAUAA